AUGACAUUUCACACAGGGGAAAGGCCUUUCAAAUGCACCACUUGUGGGAGAGAUUUUACCUGGAAGUAUAACAUGGAAAGGCAUACAAGGACUCAUGCAGGGGGAAAGCCAUUCAGAUGCAGCAUAUGCCGGAAAAUGUUUACCCAGAAAUCAAAUUUUCAAACGCACGUAAGGACUCAUACAGGGGAGAAGCCAUUCAGAUGCACCACGUGCGGUACAAUGUUUAACCGGAAGUCACAUUUACAAAUGCACAUAAGGACUCAUAUAGGGGAGAAGCCAUUCAGAUGCACCACAUGCGGGAAAAUGUUUAACUGGAAGUCACAUUUGCUAACGCACGUAAGGACUCAUACAGGGGAGAAGCCAUUCAGAUGCCCCACGUGCGGGAAAAUGUUUAACCGGAAGUCACAUUUGCAAAGGCACGUUAGGACUCAUACAGGGGAGAAGCCAUUCAGAUGCCCCACGUGCGGGAAAAUGUUUAACCGGAAGUCACAUUUGCAAAGGCACGUUAGGACUCAUACAGGGGAGAAGCCAUUCAGAUGCACUACGUGCGGGAAAAUGUUUAACCGGACGUCACAUUUGCAAACGCACGUAAGGACUCAUACAGGGGAGAGGCCAUUCAGAUGCACCACGUGCGGGAAAAUGUUUAACCGGAAGUCACAUUUGCAAAUGCACAUAAGAAUUCAUACAGGGGAGAAACCAUUCAAAUGCACCACAUGCGGGAAAAUGUUUACCCGGAAGUCAAGUUUACAAGUGCAUGUACGGACUCAUACAGGGGAGAAGCCAUUCAGAUGCACCACAUGCGGGACAAUGUUUACCCACAAGUCAAAUUUAAAAAUGCAUGUAAGGACUCAUACAGGGGAGAAGCCAUUCAGAUGUACAACGUGCGGGAAAAUUUUUCUCCACAAGUCAAAUUUACAAAAGCAUGUAAGGACUCAUACAGGGGAGAAACCAUUCAAAUGCACCACCUGUGGGAAAAUGUUUACCCUCAAGUCAAAUUUACAAACGCACGUAAGGACUCAUACAGGGGAGAAGCCAUUCAGAUGCACCACGUGCUGGAAAAUGUUUGCCCAGAAGUCAAGUUUACAAAUGCACAUAAGGACUCAUACAGGGGAGCAGCCAUUCAGAUGCACCACGUGUGGUAAAAUGUUUACCCACAAGUCAAAUUUACAAAGGCACGUAAGGACUCAUACUGGGAUGCCCUUCAGGUUCUGUGACUGUGGAAAUGGGUUCAGCUCAAAAUGGCAUAUCAAACAACAUGUCAUGAUCCACAAAGGUGAGAGGCCUCACAGGACAAACCUGCUGAGAUCGUUCGUCGUCGAGCGACUAACAGCAGCAGCUGAGGAGAUAUUAGGAGCUUUCGAGAGGACGAUAGAGGAGUAUGAGGACGAGAGAGAUCGACAGAGGAGACUGCUGGACAUGGUGUUGAAGCCCAGGAUCACGUUACACAGAAUAGACUUUGUACAGUUAUCUGAUCAGCAGCAUUGUGAGCAGGAGAGGAGCCCCAGUCUGGCCAAGGAGGAACAACAGGAACUCUGGAUCAGUCCACAGGAAGAACAACUUCCAUUGCAGGAGGGAGCUGAUACCUCUGAGUCCAUAUUAACUCCUCUUUGUGAUGGAAAUGAUGAUGACUUUGUACAGUUAUCUAAUCAGCAGCAAGGUGAGCAGGAGAAGAGCCCCAGUCUGGCUAAGGAGGAACAACAGGAACUCUGGAUCAGUCCACAAGAAGACCAACUUCCAUUGCAGGAGGUAGCUGAUACAUCCGAGUCCAGAUUUACGCCUCUUUGUGAUGGAAAUGAUAAUGACUUUGUACAGUUAUCUAAUCAGCAGCAUCAUGAGCAGGAGAAGAGCCCCAGACUGGCCAAGGAGGAACAACAGGAACUCUGGAUCAGUCCACAAGAAGACCAACUUCCAUUGCAGGAUGUAGCUGAUACCCCUGAGUCCAUAUUUACUCCUCUUUGUGAUGGAAAUGAUCAUGGCAAAGAUCAGCCUCUGCCCUCGCAACUCUACCAAACCCAGACAGAAGUAGACACAGAGCCCCCAGCUGUCAACUCAUUUGAACUGAUACAACUGGAUGCCAAAGAAGACAACUUUUUAAUAUCAGAACCCACAAGUGACCAGCAUACCCUCUCUAACUGCUGUCAUGUAACUAAGAGUGAAGCUGACCAUACUUGCAGUCACCAAAAUUGUGAGGAAACAGGUUCAACUAGGAAAGCCAGGCUGAAACCUCACAAAAAGUCCUACAACAAGUGCAAGAUUUGUGGGAAAGUGUUUUAUAAUUUGAAAAUUUUCAAAAUUCACAUGACAUUUCACACAGGGGGAAAGCCUUUCAAAUGCACCACUUGUGGGAGAGAGUUUUCCUGGAAGUAUAACAUGGAGAGGCAUACAAAGACUCAUGCAGGGGAGAAGCCAUUUGACUGCACCACGUGCGGGAAAAUGUUUACCCAGAAGUCAGAUUUACUAAGGCAUGUAAGGACUCAUACAGGGGAGAAGCCAUUCAGAUGCACCACAUGCGGGAAAUUGUUUACCCAGAAAUCAGAUUUACUAAGGCACGUAAGGACUCAUACAGGGGAGAAGCCAUUCAGAUGCACCACGUGCGGGAAAAUGUUUACCCAGAAGUCAGAUUUACUAACACACGUAAGGACCCAUACAGGGGAGAAGCCAUUCAGAUGCACCGUGUGCGAGAAAAUGUUUACCCAGAAGUCAAAUUUUCAAAGGCACUUCAGGACUCAUACAGGGGAGAAGCCAUUCAGAUGCACCACGUGCUGGAAAAUGUUUACCCAUAAGUCAAAUUUUCAAACGCACUUAAGGACUCAUACAGGGGAGAAGCCAUUCAGAUGCACCAAGUGUGGGAAAAUGUUUACCCACAAGUCAAAUUUACAAAGGCACAUAAGGACUCAUACAGUGGAGCCAUUCAGGUGCUGCGAUUGUAGAAAUGGGUUCAGCUCAAAAUGGCAUCUCAAACGACAUGUCAUGAUCCACACAGGUUGCAUCCCCAGAGCCGAGAAAGUGCCCUCUACAGUAACUGCAGAAAUGGCCUUGGUGGGAUGUGAGCUGGAAGACAUGAGAUAAGGAGGAGAAGAACAGACGACUGACCUAGAAGAGAGACUACUGUGCUGAUCGGUGCACAUUCAAGUAUCUCGGCUUGUGUGUCUGUUCAUGAACAUAUUAAAGUGUG